AUGGAGUGGAAGCUGGAGCGCUCCGCCCCGCGGAGGGUCCGCACGGAAGAAGCCAUCCUGUGGGAGAAUGUCAUGAAGGUGUUCUCCAAAGACCUGAAGCAGCCGAGAGCCCGCGGUCCCCCCGAGAAAUGUCUAAACCAGCUAUAUUUGAACCAGAAGAUGAUCCAACAAAUGAGUGGGAAAAUGCAGCGCUGUGAGAAGUCCCAAUGUGUUUGGAAAGGCUGCAGAGACAGAGUCAGAGAUGAAUCUUUCCAUCUUAAAAGGAGCAGCAAUAUAAACUAUCCCAUAUACCAACCGGAGGUGAAAAUUCAUCUUACUGGUCUUCGAAAUGACUACUAUCUGAAUCUCCUAGACUGGAAUUUACAAAAUCUUGUUGCUAUAGCCCUUGGAUCUACAGUCUACAUAUGGAAUGGAGAAAACCAUACUGAGAUUGAAAACAUCGACUUAAGUCUCACCUGUAAUUAUGUGUCUUCUGUGUCCUGGAUAAAAGAGGGCUCAUGCCUGGCAGUUGGUACCAGUGAGGGAGAAGUACAAUUAUGGGACAUAGUAACUAAAAAGCGGCUGAGAAAUAUGCACGGUCAUUUGUCAGUGGUUGGGGCCCUGAGCUGGAAUCAUUGUACCCUCAGCAGUGGGUCCAGACUGGGACGUGUUUAUCAUCAUGACGUUCGGGUAGCACAGCACCGUGUCGGAACGCUCCUGCACAAGCAUGCUGUGUGUGCUCUGAAGUGGUCCCCCCAUGGCAGGUUGCUUGCCAGUGGCUGCAGUGACGGCCUGCUGACAAUAUGGCCACACCAUCCAGGUGCCGGGACCCAAACCCAGCCGCUGACAGUCAUACCUCAACUCACAGCAGUUAAGGCUGUGGACUGGUGUCCCUGGCAGUCUGAGAUCCUUGCUAUUGGAGGAGGAAUGAAGGACGGAUGUCUGCACAUUUUGGAUAUAAAGACUGGGACGAGCAUCAAGACCCCAAGCACAAACUCACAGAUUUGUUCCCUAAUCUGGCUACCUGAGACAAAGGCAAUUGCAACAGGCCAAGGUUCUCCUAGCAAUGACGUGGCUCUGUGGACCUGUCCCACUCUGUCCAGGUUGGCAGGGUUUUUUGGCCACAGAGGCAGAGUGCUGCACCUGGCAUUGAGUCCUGACCAGACCCGUGUGUUUUCUGCUGCUGUGGAUGGAACAGCCUACGUGUGGAAGUGUGACCAGUCACCCAGCUCUUCCUAG